AUGCUUGUUUCCCGAUUUCUUCGAUUAUCUCGUCCACUUAUACAUUUUUCUAGCAUUCAGAAUAUCCAUUUAUCUCGAGGUGCUCUUUUCCCUUCGAUUCAAUUCAAACUUUCCGAUAUAGGAGAAGGUAUAGCAGAAGUGCAAAUAAAAGAGUGGCAUGUCAAAGAAGGUGACACGGUGUCACAAUUUGAUAAUUUAUGUGAGGUUCAAAGUGAUAAAGCAGCAGUUACGAUAACUAGCAGAUACGAUGGUGUUAUUAAGAAAUUACAUUAUAAGGUGGAUGAUGUAGCACGAGUUGGACAACCAUUAGUAGAAAUUGAAGUCGCUGAAGCGGUAGCUGCUGAAGAGGAAAAGAAAGUUAUCUCGAAAGCACUGAGCUCGCUUGAUUUCCCUUGA